UUUUUGUUGAUUUGUAUUUGUCAUGAAUCAUACUAAUAUACGAUCGAAACUAUCACAACAGUAUGAUCAGGAUGAAGAUCUUGAACAAUUGCAACAUGAAUUCUUCCAUUCUAAUCAAGUCUCGUCCGCUUCAGUCUCGCGCAAACCACCUCCAAGUUUUGAAACUUCCAGUAAAAAGAAACCCAGUUUAUUUGCCCAACGUCGAGCAGCAGCAGCAGCAACAGCAGCAGCAGCAAAAACAACUUCAGAUAUACCUUUAUCAAAGAAAUCUGUCAUUACAAUAGCUGAUCUUGCCAAAGGUAGAUCUCCUUCAAGUAACAUGAUGCCAGAACUUGAAACAACAUCAGAUAUGCCUGAACUGGAAGAACCAAAUAUGCCUGGAUUGGAAUCAAGUCAACAAGAAGAUCCACAACUCAGCUAUGAACCAGUAAUGGAUCCUCACCCAGAUCAACCUCACGUACCUGCCAUGAAGAAAAUGCUAGAUCUCACCUCCAUGCUAGGUAAUGUACUUGGUGAAGUGACUGAACAUUCGGUGGACAAGGUGUCGGCACCUAUGAUGAAUCCUCAACAACAACAACAACAACAACAACAAUAUGGAUUUCCUCAGCCGGUACAUCGCAGUGUCUUCAAAAUGAAUAAACUCAAGUCCUCAAAUGACAACAAGCCUGUUGAUUUAUCAUCCAAGUCUUAUCAAGAUGAAAACAUUCAGCGUAUCUCAGCCAUGACAGAGGAUGAAAUUCAAGCAGCUCGUGACGAAAUUCUUGGUAGCCUGAGUGCUGAUUCCAUCGCCUAUUUACAACGAUCAUCACAACAAGGUCUUUCCAAUGAUAUCAAGGAAACUACUUCAGAAACUUACCAGGAUGAGAACAAUCAACGAAUUGCAGCCAUGACAGAGGAUGAAAUUCAAGCAGCUCGUGAUGAUAUUUUGAGUAGCCUUAGUGCUGAUUCCAUCGCUUAUUUACACAAACGACAUCAACAACAUAGCAAAACAGCAUCUUCAACAAUGAACAACGAUGAUAAAGAUGAUGAUUUAUGGGCAAUGAAAAACAAAUAUUUUGCGGACGUUCCUUUGGAAAGCGAUAAAUUGGCAUGGAUGGAUGAUCGAUUCAAGGUGGAUAAGAAAGAUAGUAUGGAAGAUGGUGUGGAUCCUAUUUACCGACAACUUCGAUUCGAUCUCCAAGGACGGGUGGUGAUGAACAAUGAUGAUCAACCUCGAAAACAAGAAUUACAUCAUCAUGGUGAUCAACCUGACAAAGCUGGAUAUACAUUGGCGGAACUAUUUUAUUUGGUGCGAAGUCAAGUGCCAUCCCAAAGAGCUCUGAUUCUCAACAUCUUGACUCGUAUUUUGGAACAAGCCAAGAAGGAUCUUUCUUUACAACAAAACUUGGCCAUUAUUCAAGUUUUUCGUCGGCGUGAUGUGGCUGCAGCUGUAUAUUUUCGAUCUGCUUUAGAUGACAGUCAUCUGGUGGUGGUGAUCAGUGCCAUUCAAGCCUUGGUAUCUUUGGUGACAAUAAAUCGACGAGACACAAUGGAUGAAGAAACAAAAUUGGCGGCAUUCAACACUUGGCUUGGUCAUAUUGCUCAACCUGAACUCACGGAAACUCAACAAACAACCAAGGAAUGGGUCAAGACGAUGAAGUCAACUAAUCGUGGUGAUGAUGAUGAUGAUGAAAAGGAGGAUGAUGUCAGUUUGGCAGAACGUGAUAUAGUAGCCGGUUUAAUACAAAUGAAUAUAUUGGCACGACUUGGUUAUCUGAUGGCAGUGGACAGUGAUGUACGUGUAUCUGAUCGUAUAUCUAUGGAACGUAUGGUAUAUCUUUUGACAUGUAUGGCGGAAAUGAAAGGACAAGAUGUUUGUGAAGAAAUAAUGACCAGUGGUGUAUUGGAUCUUACGAUUGGAUGGUUGGAUGAUCAACAACAAAAAGAAGAAGAAGAAGAAGCUUAUCAUCGAUUAUGUGUAUUAAAAUUAUUGAUGGCGGUGGUACAAGGUAGCAAAAAAGUGGCAAUGGAUAUGAAAGAUAUGGUAACAACAUUGACCUUACCAUGGUUGGUGACCACACCCGUCACACAAGGUGAUUACCAAGUUCAAAUCGAAAGUAUCAAGGUGCUCCGAGUGCUUGCCUGUUAUGGAUUUGUAGUACCAACAUUAACUGAUUUACAAGACACGAUGAUGCAAUGGUUGAUUUUGGCCACGAAGGAAAAUGACAUGAUCAAGACAGACAGUAUCGUCAUCAUCAUCAAGGACCGGGCGGCCACGGUGAUCGGAUUAUUAGAGGUAUUACUGCAUGCAGCAGCCGAUCCACACAAAACAAUUCCUGCUCACACGAUCAAUUGGCAUCAACCGACAGCAUUUGUACCUUUAAUCACCGCGUUACUUUGUACAACGAUGACGACUACAACAACAACAACAACAAAGCAUCUAAUGCUGCAUGGUAGCUGUUUGGGUUAUUUAUCAACAUGGACAAGUUAUCUCGACAAAUUCCCACCAGAUUCGAAUGAUACGCUGCAAGAAGUUUGGAAGGUCAUGCAAGCACAACAAAUAAAUCAAUAUCAAGGACAAUCAAGUCAUUGGAUACUACGAUACAUGCAAUUAUGGUUGUACUUUACAAAACUCCGAAUGAAUACAAGUAUGAUGGAACAGGCUCAAACGUAUUGGAAAUCUUUGGAUUUUCUGGUGGACCAGUGUCAUGAUGAUUUCUAUGGAAGAAUGGUAUAUUAUCUCUGGCACAAUAACCAUUUGGAAAAAAAACGUGGUAUAGAUGACGUGACGGUGGGAAAGGUGGUCAGCAGUUUACAUGCAGGUGUUGUGGAAACGUGGCUAGCGCGGGCGCUCAUGCAGAUGUGUAUAUUCUGUUAUUUUGAUGGUGAUUCGACUUUGGAAUCUUUUUAUAUACAGGAAAGUGAUGUACAAUUGUCCAAGGCACUGAUGGAUAUAAAUGGUCAAGCUAUUACUACUUUAUGUUACCCCAAGAAAGGAUUAUUUAUGGAAGUGGAUGCAUGGCUAUUAUCACCUGUGGAUGAAAUAUAUUAUUGGGACAAGUCACGGGUGACACAGCAGCUAUUAAGAACAGAAAAACAACAGCCACAUGGAUCGACACAACAACAACAACAACAACGAAUCAUUAACGUGGUGACGAAAACAUUACGAACAAUAUGGCAAUAUUAUCGACAUCGUAUGGAUCAUAGUAUGAUAUUAGUGACAUUGAUGAAACUGUUUUUGGUGGGUGAUCGUGAAGGUCAACAUGGAAUAUUACCAGAAAUCCGAGAAAUCUUUUGGGAUGAAGAAUUAUCUAUAUGUAUAGAUGAAUGGAUGAAUUUAUUAGAAGAACAACAUGAUCUCUCUUCAACAUCUUUGGAACAAGCAUGGAUAAGAUCUUCAAAAUAUACUCGUCAAGCUGAUGUACCUUUUUAUCCAUUUUAUCAAUCAUUUUUAUCUCAGUAUGCUUCUGUGUCUUUGGGUCAUCGGGUCUAUUCCAGAGUCUUGGCUUUUGUAGCUACGACAUUGUCGGAUCAAGUAGAUUAUCGUCAAUUAUUGCUAUCUGACUAUCAAGAAAUUUUGGUGACAUUGGAACGACAAGGUUAUCCAGUUAGUUUAAAAACGUGAUGAUAGUAGUUAUAGUAAUCUGGGUUUUGAUUUUUGAUGUAUUCAUUGUUGAACCAG